AUGCCUGUUGAGCUCAUCGGCCUAGUACCAACACUCGUCAUUUUCGGCAUUGCGCAACCAGAUAUGUACCGGACAGACAUGUGGCAGAUUGGAUUUGAGAAUAAGCUCAAUUCCAAUCCCAAUAUGAUUCUUUAUGCAUAUGCCAACUACAGGCCGUUGCCCAACGUUCCGCUUAUUUGGUCACAAACUCUCACCGAUUUCAAUGUGGCGAUUUCUGUCAUCUCACUCUUCUUCCUCCUUUCCAAGCUAAUUUCACAAAUCAUGAAGCUAUGGUACCCCACCGUGGCCGUUUUCAUCAACUUGGCUCUAGUUGCGCUUUAUACCGUUAGCACAUACGGUCAGAUUGGGCCAGACUAUGCGGAUCCCCGAUAUCCUGCGCCGGCAGCGUGGUACUUUCGGCAGGGAUGUGGGCUUGCCCAGAGGUAUGGCAAGUACAGAGCUUGCCAGGUUGCGCAGGCGUCAUUGUUCAUUACUCUUUACAUGCUUGUCGUUUAUGUUCUGAACUUGAGCUUUGCCAUGUACGCCAUGUGGCCUAAUCCACGAAACGACGCGGACGAGGACGAAGAGGACAGAAUCUCGACUAGUUCGGAUCAAAAGGAGCGUGAUACUUGGGAGAUGCAUAGCAUGAAAUCGCCCGUGGCUGUGCGCGGGUCACCGUUCACUCCAAGAACACAGGCCUUCCAUAUUCUAGACAGACAGUUUCCAUUGCGACAGCAGCAAGGUUGA